AGGCGGCGGGGAGGGAGCAGAGAGCUGAUUUUUAUUUCCUACUGGAUCGUGAAAGGGGAGGAGGAGGCAUGGAGAACGAGUUAUUCUGGUAACAGCGCAGAGCUUGUCUGACAUCGCGUCUCUGAAGGCUUCCGGCGCAAAGUAAAUCUGUUUGCGCGUCGAGAGGAAGAGAGCCUCGGUCAGUUCCCGGCUGCAAUCCUCGUCGGCUGGACAUGAAAGUGCAGCACGGCUGCAACUCAUCAGACAUGGGCAUCCCGGUUAGGACCGAAGAAGAGCUGCGCAAGAACACAGUUAUAACACCAGAGGAUGUGCUGGGACUGCAGAAGAUCACAGAGAAUUACCUUUGUGCUCCAGAGGAAAAUGUCCACAUGAUUGACUUCACCCGGUUUAAAAUCCGUGACAUGGAAACAGGGACAGUCCUGUUUGAGAUCACCAAACCUCCAACACCAGGCGGUUUAAAGCAAUGUGACCCCAACACCGGCCGAUUUGUUCGAUACCAGUUCACCCCAGCUUUCCUCCAACUACGACAAGUUGGAGCCACAGUGGAGUUCACAGUCGGAGACACCCCCAUCAACAACUUCCGUAUGAUCGAGAGACACUACUUCCGCGACAAGCUGCUAAAGAGCUUCGACUUCGAGUUCGGCUUCUGCAUGCCCAGCAGCAAGAACACCUGCGAACACAUUUACGAGUUCCCCACGUUGUCCGAGGAAACCAUGCGUGAGAUGAUCCAGCACCCUUACGAGACGCAAUCCGACAGUUUCUACUUUGUGGACAACAAGCUGGUGAUGCACAACAAGGCAGAUUAUUCCUACUGUGGCGGGCCGUAGGAAGACCAUCUCCGCUCCUCUGAUUCGAGACAUUUUCAGGACCAGAAACACAUGAACUGAUGGACAAAUCACUGGCUUUAGAUACUCAUUUAUCGCCCCUGUUAGCUCCACACAUUCCCACUCAGGCACUUAGCCGUCUGGACAAUCAGAUUCCUUUUCGGGAGGAGCAGUAAAGUCUGCCAGUUCGCAUCAGAGUACACGGAUGGAAGCGUGUGGGCAGCACAAACAUGCCGCUGAUUUCAGUCCGCAUGUGUGAGCUCAGCUUCAUCGGGAAAAGAGAAGACAUUUUUUUUUUUUCUGUUCUUGUUUUAUUUUUGUGUUAGUUGGUGGCUGGAAAUUAAGCAAAACCCCACUAUGUAAGCCCAAGAAAUAACACGGUUCAUUUUUUAUGGCAUUUUACAAAUUUACUACAUUUCUAUAGGAUUGAGCAACAACAAUAGUACAUGAAAUGGACUGAAGAAAGAGAGAGAGA